UAUUUAUUUAUUUUAUUUUUUUAAAUGAAAACAAAAACAGAAAAAGGAAGAGUUAGAAUUUGCUUUCUCUUUCUCGAUCCCUCUCUCUCAAAAUCGCUGUUCCUCUCUCACCCACCGCCACCGGCCGCCGCUCUCAAUCCCUCUCUCACUGCUCUCAAUCUCUCUCCCUCACCUCGCCGUAACGCCGUUCAAUCUUCCGCCGCAGCCGCACCACUGCUCAGCUCACCGCGCCGCACCACACCGCACCGCACUCACUCUUUCUCUUCGUCUCGUUUCAGAAACAACUUUGUCUUUUAAAUAUUAUUGUAUCUAGAAAUUUGGUUGAUAAAAUUCCCUCCAAAAUUUUGCCUAGGCUCUCUAAUAUUACUGGAAUCGCCACUGAACACCACCCCAAUCCACCCCUUACAAUACAUCAAAUAAAAUUCAACAAUGACUCACUAUCGUCUACCCCCAACUCCAACCUAAAACCAUAAUGUAGUUAUAUUAGUAAAAUAUAAGAACAUUCAUUUGAUGCGUUGAGUGUAAGUUAGAUGUGUUAAGUUAUAUUGCAUGGAAAAUAAAUGUUGAGUAACAUGUUAGUGAGAAGGUUUAUAAGUAACAUGUUAGUGAAAUAGUUAAUGUUUUAAAAUUUGAAGUGAAAAUGUGUUGUUUAAACUACUUAUGUGAUUACUCUCAUUCUAAUGUGAUUACUCCCAAUGUUUUUGGCUCAAGUUCUAAGAAUGGUAUCACAACUUAGUUCAAUUGAGUGAGAAAAAAAGAGUCGAUCAUGUUGUUGAGUUAAUGUGGAGAGUCUCACACGAGACAAAUAUUUUGAUGCAGAGCCUUGUAUGAACCGGGAAAGGCAACGACCAUCCAUUAUUUAUUUUUUUGAGUGAAGUAUUUUUUUUUGUCAGGUGGCUUAGUGACUAGACAUUUCACCCUUAAGGUGGAUAAGUGAAGUGUCUGCGGUUCAAACCUUGACCUCUGCAUAUAAAAUGCGAUGUUCCUUACCAACUAAGACAAGCUCAUGGGGAUGAGUAAAGAUUUAUUUUGGUCCUCGAAAUAUUUUGACGCAAUUGCAGAGACUAAUCCUCUCGAGACUAAUCCCCUCGAGAUAACUGAGAUUCAUUUAAGGGGUUGACCUCUCCAAAGAAGUGAUUCUUCAGACACAUUGGCCAGAGAUCGAACCCAAGACUAAAUGGUUAAGAGACUCAAAUAUAAUUAGUCUUCUAUUAUAAUAAAAACUAUAUACCGUCGGUUUAUUAUUACUGUCGGCCACCGUCGUUACCCCUGUCGUCGCUACCUUCAUUGUCGUCCUUACCGUCGUCGUUACUAUUGUCGUUACCACACUUCAUCGGAGUCUAUGCACGACGACCUCUUUGCCGAAGUACCUGCCCCCGCAUCACUGACAUUUUCUGGGUUGGAAAUCGUCGAAGAGGAUGGAAGAAUUGGAACUUGGAAGAGAGAACACAAUGUAAGACAAUCUCCAAUGGUAGUACCUAUUAGGUACUUAUUAGGUACUACCAUUGGAGCAAAAUCCAUUGAGUACCUAAUAGGUAUUGCUUCUCAAAUAUGUACUCUCUAUCUCUUCAUUAUAAUAUAUUUUUGUGAGACAUACUUAUAAAAAUGUAGUAUUAUUGAUGAGAUAUAGAGUUAUUAGUGAGACUGAUUUAGAACUUUUUAAGAGGUGCUGAGUUUGAGGGAUUGAGUACUUAUUAGAUACUAUUAUUAAAAAAAAUAAUAAAUAAGUGAUGUGUACACGUAAAACUCAAUUAAGUACUCAAAUUUUAGAAGCUCCAUUGUGGGUGCUCUAAUGAAACAAAGACAAGACUUUGUGUGUUUUAAAUUAUGUCCAUUGAUAUUUAAAUGAAUGAAUCGGAGGGUUGAGAUUUCUCAACAUUAUUUCCUCGAUUUUGUCUUCAAAUCGAGAGAAAAAGGCCUUAGUUCUUUAUUUAGAAAAAAUUGUAUAUUUGAAAGUACCAUAAUGACCUUCACUUAAAUGAAAAAUUCCUCUAUUAUCCUCAAUCCUCAACCCACGAAUUCGAACGAUUCUUUCACUGAUUCUCUCGCGUCGACACUCGCCGCCACUGCUGCACUCGCCGCUGGCGCAACUGCUCCGAUCGAACGAACUCUCCUCUCUUUUCUCUUUUUGGCCUGGCUCCGCCACUACGCAGUAGGCGGCAAAGGGGCUUGCUUAGUUUGGAAGUUCCGAUCUGAGGAGGGUGCAAAUCUCAACUAAAACGGUGAUGAUGAAGAAGAGCAAGAAGGUUCAAUGGUUCUGGACUUGGGUAAUUGGUUCCGUCCUUUUGAGACUGAUUCUCGUUUACUUCCCCAAAAACCUCAACCUCUCUUCUCGCCCAGAAGUCUCUACCCCUCUCACUAGCAUUCGUCGUCUGGCUGAGGGUUACUGGUUGAAGCAAUCAUCAAUGUCACCCUAUGCAGGAUCAAUGUACCAUGGUUCUCCUUUGUUGUUGACACUUCUCGGACCCCUCACAGUUACAAGAAUUGAAGGACAACCUGAUCAUCUUUUAUGCAGUUUGCUUUUUGUGAUGGCAGAUAUUGUCACUGCAAUGCUCAUUUGUGCUACUGGUAAAAAACUUCAGGCUGCAUACAGUUCAAGUUUACAACUCGUUGGCCUUCAUCACUUAUCAGAGGAUUCAGAUGUUCUUCCUUCAGGGGACUUUGCUGCUCUUGUAUACUUGUGGAAUCCUUUUACAAUUGUUGCAUGUGUUGGUCUAUCCACUUCUGCAAUCGAAAACUUGAUGGUUUUGUUAACCCUUUAUGGAGCAUGCGCACGACUAGCUCCACUGGCAGCGUUUGGGUGGGUCAUGGCUACUCAUUUGUCUCUGUACCCUGCAAUCCUUAUUAUCCCAGUAAUAUUGUUAUUUGGUUAUGGUCCUGAUGCUCCUCCUAGAAAAUUAUUCCGGCAAAGGAAAAAUCUUGAAGUUGAGAAUUCCACCACAGGUGAUAAGAGCUGUUUAGAAGAUGAAUUGAUAAACGAGAAAAGCAUGCAGAGUGUAUUCUCUUGGAGGCCAGUUGUGCUUUUUUUGUUCUGGACUUUGCUGUGGUCAUCCUAUGUUUUAUUCCUCUGUGGCAUCUAUGUCCAACAGCACGGUGGUCUACAGGAGAUGUUCAAAAGAACCUAUGGCUUCAUUCUUACCAUACAAGAUCUAUCUCCGAACAUUGGAGUUUUUUGGUACUUCUUUGCAGAAGUUUUUGACUUCUUCAGAAGUUUCUUCCUUAUAGUAUUCCAUGGGAAUAUUCUAUUGAUGAUAGUGCCAUUAGCCUUACGUCUUAAUCACCGGCCAUGCUUUCUAGCUUUUGUAUACAUUGUGCUUGCUUCCAUGUUGAAGUCUUAUCCUUCUGUUGGUGAUUCUGCUCUGUACUUGGGUUUACUGGGGUUAUUUGCUUAUGAACUCAAAGGUAACUUUGGUUUCUUAUCAAACUUUUAUAUUGAGCAUAAUCUCUUCUUGGAUAAUCAACUUUCUCGAUUUUCAGAUAUGCAGUUUUCAUUCUUUCUGUUUUCUGGUUAUGUUGGAGUUUCACUUCUUAGCCCUGUGAUGCACAACCUUUGGAUAUGGAGGGGUACUGGCAAUGCAAACUUUUACUUUGCUACUGCAAUUGGUUAUGCUUGCUUGCAGAUCAUUCUUGUGAUUGAAAGUGUUAGCGCCAUGCUUAAUCAUGACAGAAUGAUUACGAAGCUAUCUACUGCAAAGCUUCAAAAUGUCAAAUCAUGAGAGCUUUUUGGAGUAUGAUUUCAAUGCACCCAAAGUUACUGUGGAAUCCCCGAUUUCACUUGAUCUCAAUCUCAUUCCAAUACAGGAAAAUAUACCAAUUCCACAAUUGGACUGCUGGGCUAUCCUUUACUUGUAUCUUCCUUGGAUGCAAGUGUUUUUAGUAUUUGAACGCACGGCUCUACAGUCAGAAUGCUGAUUGCCAGUAAAAAAAAUAGAAUUCGUUAUAAGGAUAUCAAUCAUGAUUAAUUUGUUAAGGUUGUUAGAAGUUAGAACUCUUCUUGGUGGCCUCGUUCUUCAAAUCAUAGUACGGGACAUGUUUAUUAUUUUUUUAUAUGUUCCAAUAGUGUGCACUUGCUGCUCAGAAUAUCUUGAGCAUACCUUAUUACCAACACCAGCUGUUUAUGAUUAUGGUGUAUAUCAUAGUUUGCUAGAGUGAGAGAAUCAUGGUUUUGAGUUGUUUAUUUUUUAAGAUUAUGAAUAUAUGUAAUAUAGAUUGGAUGGUAGACCUGAACACUGAAUUUGUAAACUCUUGCCUUUGUUGCUUCUGCUAAAAUCAAAUUGUUACAUUCA